CCAAACGCUACAGAGCUCAACUGUUAACCACUGAGGAGAUAUAUCAACCAUGUCGAAGCGAGAGGCCAAGCAUGAUGACGAUUCCGGUAAGGAUGACAGCGACGAAGACAUUUCCGAUAGUGGAAGCGAAGAGGACGAGGAUUCCAGCGAAGAAGACAUGUCCGAGUCAGAAGACGACCGUAAGAAUGCCAAAGCUGCCGGUGCCAAACCCUCCGAUGGUGUCAAGACCGGGGGAUCGGAACGCACCUUAAUGAACCAACCUUUCGACGAAGCGGUGGAUUUGAGCGAGUCGGAAGGCAGCAUCUUGUCCGAAGACCCGAAUUCGCCCAAGAAACAGGCUGGAGGAGGUAGAACUCUGAAGAACCAACCUUUCGACGAAGCAUUGGAGUUGUCCGAGAGUGUUCAAGAGGUUGAAAGUCCACAUAAAACGAUCACGGAUAAGCCUUCGGGUGCAUCUAUGGGGGCUACUGCUAAAAGUAGUGCCCCUACUUCGAAUCCAGUGGGCAACGAGAUGAAGAACAAACCGUUCGAUGAAGAAGUAGAUCUCAGUGACUCAGGCGAUAGUGUUGACACCAACGGCCAGCCGAGUCCCAAAGCUCGACAAAAAAUCAAUCCAUCAUCGGCUGCACACCAGUCACCAAGUGAGGCGAAGAAAACCGCAGUGGAAACCCCAACUCCAGCCCCAAAACCUGCUGUUGCGAUGCCCGAGAAACGCCCUGAGCCAGCACGAAAGCCUGCACAGGAAUCAGCGAGCUCCUCGGAUGAAUCGGAGAGUGACGAUGACGACGAUGAGGAUGACGAUGAAGGGGAGGAGUCCCAGUCAACCUCGCAUGCAACUUCAUCCACUGCUCCACAUACUGGCAACGCCGAUACGACUACGAGUACUGGAAGCUCGAACCAUGCAGCGAUGAUGGCCAACGCUGGAGGAUACAAGGAGAGUGACUAUGCUCACUUAAAGGUCUCACAUGAGAUUCGAGAACUCUUUCAGUACAUUGGCCGCUUCAAGGCUCAAGAGAUCGAAUUGGAGACCAGACUCAAGUGUUUCAUUCCAGAAUAUAUCCCAGCAGUGGGUGAUAUGGACGCCUUCUUAAAGGUACCGCGUCCUGAUGGUCAACCGGAUCAAUUGGGGCUAAAAAUGCUGGACGAACCCAGUCUGACUCAGUCGGACGCCACCGUGCUAGACUUACAGCUCCGCUCUACGUCCAAGAAGAAGCAUGGUGACAUUGUUGUCCGAAGCAUCGAGAACGCUGAAAAAUCUCCGCGAGAAAUCGACCGCUGGAUUAAAUCCAUUGCCGAUCUGCAUCGCACGAAACCACCUCCUCAAGUUCACUAUACCAAGACGAUGCCCGACAUCGAGAGCCUCAUGCAGGUGUGGCCGGAAGAGUUUGAGGAGCUUCUGAGCAAGACAACACUACCUGGUGCAGAUCUGGACAUGGGACUGGAGCAAUACGUUAGGGUCAUCUGCGCCCUGCUCGACAUUCCUGUACACAAGAACGUAUACGAGUCGCUGCACGUGCUCUUCACGCUGUACCUCGAGUUCAGUAGUAACCAGCAUUUCAUGCCUCUAUUGUGAUUUUUUCAAUAGAAGCAUCAAGCAUUUCAUGAAUCGUCACAACAUAAAAG